CCAUUUCUACAAAGUAAGAGGGGAAUAAAAACCUGAUAAAAACUGAACAGCUGAAAGAUUAUCUAAUGACUUGGCAUUAGCCCGGCAAAUGAAUGCCUGAAACUUAACGCCUGUGAUUACAUUGCGCUAUUCUCCAGUUCAGACACUCAAGUUAUCUCUGAGCCCCGAAGACCUGGAGAUAAUUAGUGAUAUAUCUCUCUAAGAUGAUCAUUGAAAACCUGGAUGCCUUGAAGACGUGGCUCUCCAAAACGCUUGAACCCAUAUGUGAUGCAGACCCAUCUGCCCUUGCGAAGUAUGUUGUCGCCUUGGUAAAGAAAGAUAAAUCGGAGAAGGAAUUGAAAGCACUAUGCAACGACCAGUUGGAUGUAUUUCUACAGAAAGAGACCCAAAUAUUUGUGGAUAAACUUUUUGAAGCUUUGAACUCAAAGAGUUACCUACCUCAGCCUGUACUCGAGCAGCCAGCCUCCACGAGCCGCCCUGCAGACUCGCACCAGCGCACAGACAAGGAUGAGCCAAGGAAAGAGGAGCCCAGUCGUGAGGAGGACCGAGAUAAAAAGUUCUCCAGGAGGGUGAACCACAGCCCCCAGCCCAGCCGCUACAGUCGAGACGGCAGAAGGCUUGAUGACCGCAAGAAGGAUGACCGCUCCCGAAAGCGGGAGUAUGAGCGGAACAUGCCGAGGCGCGACUCGUACCGGGAGCGCUACAACCGGCGACGGGGCCGUAGCCGCUCGUACAGUCGCAGCCGCAGUCGGAGCAAAGAGCGUCCCCGCGACCGCGACAGAGACCGCGAGCGGGACCGUGACCGCGAGAGGGAACGCGACCGCACACGCAGCCGCUCGCGGUCCAGGACUCCUGGACGCAGUAGAGAGAGGGAUUCUGGGAAGAGCAAGUACGAGCACGAGCGUGCUGAACGGCCAGACACAGGGCCUGCCGAUGGUUACUCCAACCCCCCCUUGCUUCCCGGGCCCUCCUCUUCCCACUUCCCCGUGCCUACGCUCAGCAGCACCAUCACCGUCAUCGCCCCUGCUCACCAUGGUAACAACGCCACGGAGACCUGGUCGGACUUCCCUCCAGACCACCAGCUUGACCACCCCCCCUACCCCAGAGGAGCUAUGCCCCCACAGAGAAAGCGCUGUCGGGACUAUGAUGAGAAGGGCUUCUGCAUGCGGGGAGACAUGUGUCCCUUUGACCAUGGCAGUGACCCUGUGGUGGUGGAGGAUGUGAACCUUCCCAGCAUCCUCCCGUUCCAGCCUCCGCCUCACCCUGGGGUGGAUGGUCCUCCCCCGCCUGGCCUGCCCCCUCCCCCGCCCCUGAUGACGCCCGUCAACCUCAGGCCGCCUGUACCCCCUCCGGGUACCAUGCCGCCCAGCCUCCCGCCAGUCGCAGGUCCCCCGCCACCUCUCCCAGCACUCCAGCCGUCAGGCAUGGACGCCCCUCCCAACUCGGUUACCAGCUCAGUGCCCACCAUUGUUACAUCAGGAGUGAGACCCCCCAUCACCCAGCCCCCGCCCCCCCUCUUCACCCCUGACUCUUUUGAAAUGGAUGGAUAUAAUCCAGAGGCUCCCAGCAUGAGUGGCAGUAGACCCAUCUUCCGUCACCGUGUCAACCCACAGAGGUCUAACCUGAUUGGCUUGACAAUGGGAGGAGUGGACCUAGAGCCACGAGAGAAGAUGCCCAACAGCAACAACAUGCGCAUUGUUUUGGAAUCCGACUCCAGGAAGAGGUUAGGUGGACAUCACGAUGGGCCAGGGCCUGUCAAGAAGCCCUGGUUAGACAACAGGCCAAGCUACAAUAAGCCUAAUCAUCAUCAGGGCUUCCAUAAGAAGAACCCCUUCAGCCUGGCCAACACCAAACUGGACGUACGUGUAAUCCCACCUGAGCUGAACAACAUCAGCAAACUCAACGAGCACUUCAGUAAAUUCGGCACCAUCGUUAACCUACAGGUGGCAUACAGGAAUGACUCGGAAGCGGCUCUGAUCCAGUUCUCCACCUACGAGGAGGCCAAACGGGCCAUGCUGAGCACUGAGGCGGUCCUCAACAACCGCUUCAUCAGAGUCAACUGGCACAGAGACGACCCCCCGCCAACACACGCACCCCAAAACAUGCAACAGGGCGUCCAGCCUUCCCAUGAUGCUCCAGCCACCACCCCCAAGCAGUCGGUCAAGGACCGCUUGGGCCCCGUGCCCGCCAGCAACUCUGAGCUACCACAGGACCCCAGCGCGGCCUCACAGAAUGCAUCAAAAAUGUCCGUGAAGGAGAGGCUAGGGUUUCCCGUCAGGCCUGCAGUUCCAGGAGGAAAGGUCUGCUCUCCGUCCAUGGGGCUAACAAAGACCGUCUUCAACCCAGCAGCACUCAAGACGGUCAACAAGGGCGCGGCGUACAUGGGCACGACCACUCCUGAGGAAGCACUGAAGAGGAAGCAGGAAGCCAUGAAGCUGCAGCAGGACGUGAGGAAGAAGAAGCAGGAGAUCCUGGAGAAGCACAUCGAGACCCAGAAGCUGCUGAUCUCCAAGCUGGAGAAGAACAAGACUAUGAAGGCGGAGGACAAGGCCCAGAUCAAGUCCACGCUGACCGCCCUCACCCAGAGCAUCACCAAACUGCAGGAGGAGAUCAAAGGCCUGUCCAGCCCCGGCCUCCUCAAGGGCAUCAAGAGCAAAGCCCAGGCACAGAAGGAGCUCCUGGACACAGAACUGGACCUGUACAAGAAGACCCAGGCAGGAGAGGAUACCGCCCAGCUGAAGAUCAAAUACACACAGCUCCAACUUGAGGCGGCCAAGCGGGGGCUCCUGGGUUCAGCGCGAGGCCGCGGGGCUCACGCACGGGGCCGUGGGGUUAUGAGAGGCAGGGGCCGUGGGGGCCGGGGCAGAGGGCGCGGGGGCCAGUCCGUGCACGCCGUGGUGGACCACCGGCCCCGCUCCCUCGAGAUCACCGGCUUCAGCGAUGCAGACCGCGUAGACGUUCUGCCACACUUUGCACAAUUUGGGGAGAUUGAGGAUUGCCAGAUGGAAGACUCGUGCCAGAGUGCCAUAAUCUCUUACAGGACUCGUGCUGAAGCAGAGCUGGCGGCGCUGCAUGGCGUGAGGUUCCAUAACCAGCUGCUGCGCCUGUCGUGGCACAAGCCGCCGGUGCCGCUCACCGCCAUUGACCCGGAGGAGGCCGAACCGGAGGAGGAGGAGUUCCAGGAGGACUCGCUGGCGGAUGAUGUGCUGUUGCAGGACGACGAUGACGAUGACGAUCAUGAAUCUCGCCCAUGGCGGAGAUGAGGAGGAGGAGGAAGAGGACAAGCAGGAGGAAGGCCCGGCAACAAGCUGCAUUGAGCUGACAUUGUUUUUAAUAGUCUACUCACAUUUCCUUUGCUGUUAUUAACUCCGUAGUCCAGACAGAUGUGUGCUACAGAGGUGAAUUUGGGAGGGGUGGGGGGAGAAGUGGCUGGAGGUAGAACUUUGUGUGUGAAAUUUGACUCAUGUAUAUACCACAAUGUUACUUUUUUUAUGCUGUAAAAAAAGUUUCUUUUGGUUUGAAGGCUUGCUUGUUUGAAAGGAUGUUUUUUUUUUUUUUUUUAAUGAAUGACUGGAUUAUUUGGGUACAAUAUGACUGUGACUUCGGGUGGACUGCAGACUGGUUUUCGUUUAAAAAGCGUUUGCUAGACGUCCUGCGAUGAAAGGAGGAGGAGCUUUAACAUAGUUUAGCAAUUAAGAGCCUCAUAGUGCAGCCUUGUUGCAUUUGAUGUACAUAUUUUAUGUCUUAAAUUUUAAUGAUUUGUAUGACUAUGCUCUUGUACACUUCUGGAUUCUUGGCUUUCAUUUUGAAAUGUAAAAAAGAGAAAAUAAAGAAUUGAAAUGGUCUGAAAAAAAUCAGCUGCCAAAAAAGAUUAAAAAAAAAGAAAAGAAAAGAAAGAAAAAAAAGAACAUUUGGAAUUCACCUACGCCUUAAAUGGCCAAAAAAAAGAUGAGAAAAAAAGAAAAGAUGGAAAAGCUGAAAAAAAUAAAGACCAUUUCAACCCCCCCACCCCCAAUUUUCACAAAAAAGCAAUAUUCCAAAAAAAAACUCCACAUAUUGUGGAAUCCUAUCUUCCAUUAUUCCUUUUCGUCCCACCUGACAACUUAUGAGGGUGGUGCUGCUUUACCCGUCUGGCAAACUGGAAGACUUCUCAGACAACCCAGAUGGACUGUUUGCUGUUUUAUGAGCUGUCUUUGUAUACUCCGCUGUAAAUAUGUUAUGAAUGAAAUUGUACAGUAUUUUUUUAUAAACCUAUACCUCUUUAAA